UUACGAGUCAGCGCCGCCUCCCAUGGAUGCUUCUCCGCCUGCCCCCUUCGGCUCUUCAACGUUGAGAAUAUUCAUGAAUCUGCAGUCAACAAGACAGAGACAGCAGAUGUUUGGUUGCACGGCUGUGCGACAGUGCGCCAUUACGGCAAUAAAUUGUCAUUGCCUCCCGCCUUGCGUAUCUGCAGAUACGCCCGCCUCGCCGCGUCUUUGAACUUGGGAUCGCCCGUCAGGUCCGACAGAGCAAAGAACUCUAGCUGAAAAGUGCCGACCUCCGCAAGGUUGACAAUGCAAUCCUUUGAGCAUGAGCUGGUGCUCAAGUUGAUCUGCCGACAAGGGAAACCGGAUGCCGCGUCGAUUCCACGGUACAGCCGCUCUCCGAUGUCGAUGGCCUUGGCCAGAAGGCCCGGCCUUCCUGACAACGAUGCAGCUGCACACACACACACACACACACACACACAAAAGAGAGACAGAGAGUGAGAUCUUUAUGUAUGCAUCAUCCACACCCAAAAGUCCCCUCACAUGAUAAUAAGCCACCCAGAAUACGGAUCGUAAUCUCACUGAGCGGACAAGAGCAAGACAGCAAACUUGCAACGCGCACUGACUCGCACACUCAUCCUCUUACAAGAAGGAGAAGGUCAUUGCUUUGUCGAAGUCCAAGUUUUUCUCUAUGUAACGUGCGGCCUCGCUAAAUUCGUCGAGCUCGGACAUCAGAUAAAGAGUGUCGAGUGACUCUACCAUCAUCAGCAUCAUGUUCAUAUAGUUGUUAGGCGUUCCUGAAAGUGGCUCGAGCUCGUCAAAGCCCAGCGCCAGCUCCUUGUAGUGUGACCAAGUCCAAAGGAACUCGUCGAUGAUUUCUUGUCGAAUCGCUGUGGCGUUGACGGCAGGCAAAGUGAUAGAUAAUGGGAGAGACCGCAUCGGCAUCUCGAGAGGCCGCAUGGCUUCACUUUCCCGCUCGCUCUGCCGCGCCUGUCGCCACCUUGUGCUAUUCACUUCGGCCUCCAUCUCACAGCUGUGGCGCCGCUGUUCCUGACUCAUGACUCCAGGCCCGUCAGGGACAGAUUGAAGGAAGGCGGCGGUGAGAUUCUCCAAACGUGCGACCUGCUGGCAUGACAUCUGGUCGACGGUCACCACCCACAGGAAGAGAAGGAAGCUCAGCAUCCUCUUGAUGACAGCGGCCUCCUCUUAAUGCCAGCGGCCUUCCGAAUGACGCGUUUGCGGAUUGUUUGUUGGCCUUCACUACGCCCCAGAUUUACACGCGUACGGUCCCGUGCUUCUGUUCUACCCAGCGCCUGGCCUUGCUGGUCAGAUGAGCAUGGAAGCGUCCUCCAUAUGCACUUGCGGGGA